CACCGCUGUGCCCUAGACUGGUUGUAUAUACUUCACCUCCUGUUUUGCCACCAUUAGACAUUUAUCCUUCUUCUAGCCAGGCUGUUCCCUUCGUCAGGUAGAACUGAGACUCUACGCCAUCCUUCUAUGGUUGACCCUGCCAACACCGGUUCCCCAGCUACAGUACCUUACCUUUCGUUGCUACCCCCACUAUGGCAAUUAGACUCCCACCGCUCAACCCGGGCCACCUCCUCGCCCUGCUCAUCAGCAUAGUAACGACCCUCGCCAUCGCCCACCUUCCUCACGCUCACCACGAUACCUACCACUCAUAUGAUCCUCCCCAGGAUAUCCAAUCCCUAAAAGCAUCCCUCUCUCCAACCGCUCAGCUCCUCCUCCCCAACGACCCUGCCUUCAAAACCCACCUCAACCACAGAUGGAGCACCAACCCGCUGAACACCCCCAGUCCUUCCCUCAUCCUCCUGGCAACCACCGAAUCAGACAUCUCGCACGCAAUCCGCUACGCCAACGCCCACAACGUCCCCUUCCUCGCGACGGCAGGCGGCCACGGCACCAACGCAUUCCUCUCCGAUUUCAACGGUGGCGUGCUCAUCUCCCUGCGCAACCUCACUAAGUUCGAACCAUCCCCCCAUGGCAGGACGGCAAUUGUAGGCGGCGGGUUGCUGUCCCAGCAGGUUGUCGAGCGGCUGUGGCAGGAAGGGAAGGAGACGACCACAGGUCUAUGCGGGUGCGUGUCGUACUCUGGGCCGGCUAUGGGGGGCGGGCAUGGGUUUUUGCAGGGGAGAUAUGGACUGGUAGCGGAUCAGGUGGUGAGUGUGAGGGUGGUGCUGGCGAAUGGGGAGGUGGUGGUGGCUUCGGAGGAAGAAAACGGCGAUUUGUUUUGGGCGUUGAGGGGGGCCGGCCAUAACUUCGGGGUGGUAACUGAGUUUACUGUGAGGAUACAUGAUGUGGAAGAGGCGAGGAGAAAUUGGGUCUGGGAACAGUUCAUUUUUGAGGGGGAGAGGUUGGAGGAGGUGUAUACGUUGGCGAAUGAGAUGAUGGAGUACCAGCCGGUGGAGAUGGUGAGUUGGUCGGUGUGGCGGAUGGUUGAGGAUGUCGACCCUGGCAAACCCUCAAUCGUGGUCAUCGUCUUCUUCAACGGACCACUGGAAGAUUCCAGAGAGUACACCCAGCCGAUCCACAACCUUGGCCCAGCGGCAUACGCGUUUAAGGUGACCGAGUACCCGGGACUCAACGCUGUCCUGGGUGUCGAUCUGAGCGGCUCAGAAUGCCAGCCACAGGGGACAGCGCUGUUACGGGCGGCUGAUGUGGACAGGUACGAAAUCAUCGCACUGCGCAACUGGUUCGAAACCUUCGGCAAAAUGCUAGCAACAGAAGAGGGCCUUGCCAAAUCGGUAUGCAUCCUCGAGGGGUACGGGGUGCAAGGGGUGCAGGCAGUACCUUCCGACAGCACAGCGUUUCCCCAUCGCGACAAACGGCUGCUCCUCGCCCCAUCUGUCCAGUAUGACAUUGUCGGCAACAGCACCCUCGACCGAGAGGCCGAGCGUUGGAGCAAAGCUAUGGAGAAGGCGGCCUUCGGCAGUGCCCAGAGAAGGACUUAUGUCAACUACGCCUCGGGUGACGAAAGCUUACAGGCCAUGUACGGGUACGAGCCGUGGAGGCUACAGAGGCUUCGAGCCCUGAAACGCAAGUAUGACCCGGAAAAUCGCUUCAGGUUCUUUGCGCCGAUUGUCCGGGACGAUAGGUCGUGAAUGCCGUCGGGGACGAUGGGGAAGGAGAGCGAUAGCCAGAUACACUCAGAGCGAACAUGAGCGAGAACAGCGAAAACAAGUAGAAUUGACUGGAUCAUGGCCACAAGGAG